AUGUUUUUACUUUUGUUUUCACUAAAUAUAGUGAUAAAAUCUACUACGAUCAUAGAACUUAUAGAAGGAGCUCCUUGGAUUCCAAAUAAUUGGAUUGCUGAUGAUCUAGCAAUUUAUGAAACUUAAUACAUUUGUAAUGAUCUUAACGGACCAUAUCUUGGAUUAAUAGGUAAAAACCUACACAAAUAAUUGUCUGAUUUAGGAGCUCAUAGUGAAUUAUACAUCUCUUUGGAUAUAUUAUUCACAGGUAAGUGGGAGACUCCUAAUAACUUUAAAAUUAAUAUCGACUCUACUAACAUUUAUUCUGAAAGUGCUAUAUCUUCAAGUACCUUCUAAGUAUCAAGUACAUACUGUAAAUCAAAUAUAAUUGAGUAAUAUUUUUGAUAUAUAUAAAGUACUGUUGCCACUCAAUAAAAGUUAAUCACAAUUUACGAGAGUAUUUCUCAUUCUAAAAGAAAUCCUUUAAUUGAAAUAAAAGGAUCUUUCGAUUGUUUGGGUAUUGAUAUCUGUUAAAUGGUAUCUAUAAAGAAUUUAGUGAUAUUUGCAACAGAAUGUCAUUUCAGUUGUAAAACUUGUUCUGGACCCAAUAUAGAUUAAUGUUUAAGUUGUCCUUUUGGUUCUAUAGAUUCUGGUAGAUGUUAUUGUUAAUCUGGACUUUACUAAUAUGAUAAUAAAUGUGUUCUAUAAUGUCCAUAAUACUACAUUGCUAAUCUAGAUAAUUAGUGUUUAAUACAAUGUUCAUUAAAUUGUAAAAUAUGUGGAAAUAAUUCAUGUAAUUAAUGUGAAAAAGGUUACCUUAUACAUUUAGGCAAAUGUGUAAAAGAAUGUCCUAGUAAUAGUUAAUUUGAUAAUAUUAAUACAUGUGUAGACUAUUUGGAAAUGAAAUAAUAUGGUAUUUAUUUAUGAAUAUAUAAUUUUAGGAUCUGAAUAUUUAGGAAAUUAUUUCAAUAGUUUAGAUACUAAUUAUUACUUAUAAGUGAAUAAAUUUGAAUUUUCAUAAUCUUUCGCAUAUUCUCUAUAGACUUAAUAAAAAUAUUCAAUUUACAAAGAGAAAUUAUUUUUAGGUGGUUUUGGAGUUUGGAGUGAAGGAUAUUUUAGUAUUAGUUUUUAUGGUCUAAAUUCACAUAAUCAUUUAAGAAUAUAUUUAGAAGUAUGGUUUAUAGAUAAAUGGUUAAAUGAAAAUUUUCAGAUUGUUGUUGAUGGUAUAAUUGUUUAUGAAAAAAACGUCAAAAAUAUAGAUUCAAAUUUAUUUUAUGGAUCCUACCCUGAUUCAAUUGAAUAUAUUGAACUGGAUAUUAUACACAUUUCUAAUGAUGUUAAUAUACGAUUUAUAUCAAAUUUAAUGAAGUCUCCUUUUGAAGGUAGUGUAGGUAUAACAAAUUUACAUAUAUUAAUUGAUUAUUGUGAUUUUAAUUGUGUUUUAUGUACUAAUAGUUAAUGUUCAUAAUGUGAAUCAGGUUAUUAAUUAGUUAAUAAUAAAUGUGCUAAAUGUGAUAGCACUUAUAAUAGAAAAUCAGAUUGUACUUGUUUAGAUGGUUAUUAUGAAAAUAACUAAGCUAAAUGUAUGCAAUGUAGAUCAGAAUGUUAGAAUUGUUUAGAUCUAGAUACAUGUUUAGAUUGUAAAUUAGGAUCUCAUUUAAUUAAAUAACCAUUAUGUUAAUCUUGUGAAAAUGGAUAUUAUUAUAAUGAUGCAAUGUGCCUUACUUGUCAAUAUAAUUGUUAAACAUGCACAACCUAUAACAGUUGUGUGUAAUGUGCAAAUGGAUUCGUGAAUCCGCCAUAAUGUUAAUGUCAAAAUGGUAUCUAUAUUUUAAUUAAUUCUAAUAGGGUAUUUUGAAGACUCAUCAAAUUAAUGUUAAAAAUGUAGUUAAUAAUGUCAAACUUGCAUUCAAUAUGGAGAUCUUUGUACAUCCUGUUCUGGUAAUAGAAUAUCAUUACCUGAUUGUUCUUGUCCAAACUAUUCAAUUCAAAUUGAAAACUCUAUCUGGUGUACAAGUAACCAAAUUAAAUAUAACCUUUUAGCUUGUAGUAUUGCCAGUCUAACUAUUUCAUUAAAUUAUGAUUCCACUAUUUUAAUUAUCAAUUUUGUGUGGAAUAUCAAAGAUUUAUAUACAAAUUGCAAUCAUCUGUUUAAGUCAUAAACUCUUGAGUUGUUUGGUAAAAAUCCUUUAUGUUUUAAAGAGAAUAAUAAGAUUAAUGUAAAGUUAGGAUUAAAAGCUAAUUUAAAAUCUGGUGAUCUCAUUGAAUUUAAUCCCAAUAUUAUUCAAUUCGAAAAAUGCUCUACUAAUAUCUAAGCUUUUUAUAAUAAUGAAUUUAGGAUUAUUGGAUAAGCUGAUUAAGUUAAAGAUAAGAUAUAAUUCCUUUAAAAUAGAAUUUAUCUAUCACGUUGUCAAAAACAGAAUCUAUUACUCUCAUUUUUGAAUUUGAAUAAUUUCUAAUUAUUAUCCUGGAAUUUGAUAUGGUUUCAAAAAUAAGAUCUUAAAUUAAAUGAUUUUAUGGAUUUUUUAAAUUAAUAAAUUAAAUCCAAUCCUUUUACUUAAUAUUUUACAUUUACUGGAAAUAUCUUAGAAGAAGAAAAUGAAAUAAUAAUAGAACUUCAAUAUGCAAAUUUGGCUAAUUAAAUUUACUAGUCAUAGUUGAUUAUAGUUUAAGAAUUUGGUAAAAUCACAACCGAAAUUAUUUAUUAAUAAACACCUUUUUAAUUAAAGUAAGAAAUUCAAAUUUCAAUAAAUUCAUAUAAUUGUCCAUCAUAAAUGUUUCAAAAUAAUGAUAGAGUUAAUUAUCUAAUAUAAUUAGACGGUUAAUUGUAUUCAUAAGAAAAUUUUAUUGGAUAGUACUAUAUUUUUACUCUUAAACCAUAUUCUUUAAAAGUAGGAGUAUAUAAUCUUAACAUUAAAACACUUUUAUAGGAUAGGAUAAUUAAUGAAUAAAUAAUUAAUUUACAAAUAGUGGAUAAUAUUGAAAGAUUAAUAUUGAAAUCAACAAGUCUAUCUUUUUAUUAUAGAGAAUAGAUAAAUUUAGAGGCUUAUGUAACAAAUGGUUUAGGGAAUGAGAAAUUUGUUUGGGAAUGUUUUGAUGUUAUAGAUAAUGAAUUAUGUAAAAGGAAUAAUGAAAUUUUAAAUAUGGGUUAUGAGAGUAAGGUUAUUAUUCCUGCAGAUACUUUCAAUCCAUUUUAGACAAUUUUAAUAUCAGUGGCAUAUAGAUAUAUGAAGGAACAAAUAUAAUUGUAGAUAGUUGAAACAGAAGUACCAAAAUUAGAUUAUGAAACAGACUUAGAUAUUUAUUCAGGAUAUAUUAAUUUUUAUGAUCAGAUAAAUAUUAAGUUAAGAUUUAUAGAUGAGAAUGUGAAUCCAGAUACUUUAAAAUAUAUAGGAUUGUUAUAUACAAAUGAGAGAAUUAUAUCUCAAUUUAAUUUUGAUUAUUUGGAAUUUAGUAUGAAAAUUUGGGAUUACUUGAGAUUGAAUGAUUUAUCAGAGAAAUUGACAUUAAAAAUUACUGUUCACAAUCCAAAUUUCUUUUAGCCUUCUACUAUAUUAAUGAAUUUAUAUAUAAAUAUACCUCCUAGAUAAUGUAUAGUUGAUAUAUAGCCAUAAAUUGGUUUAUCACUUUUAACAGAUUUUACAAUUUCAACAAAAGGUUGUUUUGAUGUAAAUUAAUUUCUAUAAUACAGAAUACUUUUAUAUUAGAAUAUUUCUGAUUUAAAUUAUGAUAAUUCUAUAGGAUAAUUGUAUAAAGGAGUUGUAUUGAAUCCUUAUUAAUAUGAUCCUGUUUACACAACUAAGUUGGUAGGAAAGGGUGAAACUUAUUUAGUUGUAUAAGUGAAGGAUAUUUUGAAUGGUAUCAGUAAUUUUACAAAAAGUGUAAAUGUAACAUCAACUUAGACAGAUUAAGUUUAAUCAAUGACAUUUGGUUAAUCAGAUUUAAAAUCUUCUAUUUUAUUUAUGUUGAAUUCUGAAAAUAACAAUGAAUCAUUCCCUUAAUAAUAAAAUGAUAAAACACUUUAAAGCACAUUAUAAUAAAGUGAAUGUAAUUGUGAAUUUGAUGUGAAUUAGCACUUAUAUCUUAAAAGAUUAGUGGUUCAGUAGAGUUAAUCUUUAACAUAUGAUUAAAUAAAUUAAGAAAUAGAUAAAUCAAAAAUUAGACUUAAUGAGAUUGAAUAGCUAAUGAAAUAAUAGAUUAAAGUAACUGAUAACAGUUAUGAUCAAUCAUAGUAAUUAAUAUAAAAUGUGUUUUUACAUGAAGAGGUCUUAGGAUAUGUAUAAUACAUUUCUGAGUUAUUUAAUAAAAAUUAGAUAUCUACUUAGUUUAGAAGAAGAUUGAUUGAAAACUAAAAUACAAUUAAAGCUAAUAAUCAUUAAAUAGUAGAUUCCCUCAAUAUCAUUACAUAAAUUUAAUUGAAUUAAUAAAAGAUUAAUAGUAAGAGAAUAUCUAUACAGACUAACGGAUUUAAUCUAACUACGUAAAGAGUUACAUCUAAAUAAUUAUAAUCAGCAAUAGGAAAUGUUUUAACACCAUCUGAAUAAUAUGUAGAUGAUGAAUAAAUUGAUAAUUAGUAAGAUUAAAAUACAACCAUUUUUUAGUAUUAAUUAAUAAAGUAUACUUCUAAUCCUUAUCUUUAUGAUGAUGAUUUUAUGGAGAUCAAUAAAAAUCAUACUAAUUAAAUUCUUUAUGAUCCAAAAGUAAUAUUUGAAGAAAAUCAAACUUAAUUAAUUGAUGUUAAGUCUAAUUUAGUUUAUGAAUUUCCAAAAAAGAGUGAAAAAUAAUAAUUUUAUGAAUGUGUAAUGAAAUUAGAAGAUUCAUGGAGUUUAGAUGCUUGUAAAACUAUUGAAUAAGAAUUUAAGACUAUUUGUUAAUGUUAAAAAAUAUCUAUGAUAACUCUAAUUGAAGCAAUGUAAUAAUUAGCAGAUGAAUUAUCUUAAUUCUUUUCAAAGGAUACAAUUAAUUUAAUAAACAAAUGUCAUUAUGAAUUAAUGUUAUUUACUUAUAUAGUAAUGUUAUUUACAUUAAUUUUCAUAAUAUUUUUAAAAAUAGGACAUAAAUUGGAUUAAUAGAAAUAGAAUUCAGGAUCAUUUUAUUCGGCUAAAGUUAUGCCAUAAUCUUGGGAAGAUUUUCCAGAUAAAGAAAGAGCUGGUAGUAUAGAUGAAUUAGCAUAAUUAGAAUAAUAAGAAGGUUAACGUUAAAUAAAAUAAGCUAAUUAUCAUACUAAAACAAGUAGUAUUAAAAUUUAAAAUACCAAACCUUCUCAAGAAUUUAUGUAAAAUCGUUAAAUAGAUUCUGCAUGUUCAAGUAAACGUAGCAUGGCUAUAGAUUCAAAUGGACAUUCUGGAAAGGCUAUCGAAGAAACAGAAGGAAAUUAAUUAUCUGGCACACCUAUUUUAGAUGAACAAAAAGAAUAAAACUCUCCUAAAAGAGAGGAUUCAAUCUUUAACUCUAUUCAUAAUAAAUAAGUCAAAUUUCAUUAAGGAUUCUAUCUUUAUUUCAAAGUAGAUAUUAUUAUUUAUAUUUAGAUUAAUCAUGUUCUACUAAGUCUCUAUUAUCUAUAUAAUGAAUAAUAAUCUAGAGUAUAUAGAACAAUUAUUGUUUAUAUGUCAAUCAUCGGCGAAAUUUGUAUUCUAACAUUCUUUGGAGAAGUAUAUAUCAUUAAUUAAAAAUUUUAGAUAAUUAGUUUAAAUACAAUUAUAGCUUUGUCUAUAUUACAAUCCAUAUUUGGAUUACUCUUUUGUAAAUUGUUUUCAUUCCUCAUUCAUAAUACAAUUAAGUUUUUUAAGAUUAUAGGAUUCACUUUAAUUUUAUUUGCUGUUUCAUUUUUCUAUUUCAUUUUACUUGGAAGUUUGGCUCGUUAUAAGUCUAUAUAAGAAUCCUAAUAUUGGGCAUUAGCUUAUUUAACAAGUUUUAUCUUGAAUUACAUGAUAUAUUCUCUUUUAGUUUAAUUUGCCAUGUUCUCAUUUUUGAACCAGUUUUAAAACUAAGAGAGAGUCAAAGUAAUAAUUUAUAGUAUUAUUUUAUAGAAACUUAUGAAAUAUAUACUUGAAGAAAAGGUUUACCAAGAAUUAUAUGGGAAAUCAUGAUUUAUUUAUAAGAAC